ACUGUACAAUCUGAGGAGAUUUUAAAGGAAAGAUUUGUCCCAAAACUCGUAAACUUUGUGUCUGGUAACAGAUUUUUCUUUGUCUGAUUUCUACAAGAACCACAGUGGUGUUGUUUAAUAGAUAUAUUUACUGAUAUUAAACAUGAAAAGUAAAUCAUACACCAGGUUUUGGUUUUUAAAAUCAAAGAACAAUGUUUUUUCCUGCAAGACAUCUAUGAUUGAUUGAUUUCUAUACUAGCUACUACAUAUACCAGAAUGCAAUGCUUUUACCCACUUAAAACAAAUAAAUCACAGGUGAAUCCAACAAGCAGGGGGGGAUUCUGGGAAACGUAGGACAUCAGGAGAAGGAGUGGAUGACACGCCGAAGGGAAGUGGAUGCACCAGAAACAGUUAACUUAAAACAACAAGAACAGAUCAUCACAAACGGAAGAUUUCUGAGUUUGUAACAGUGUUUUUUUUUUGUUUUUUUUUUCCCUUUAAUGUCGCUGCUUUCUGAGAUCGACAACAUCAGACUCUCAAUCGACACUGAGGUGUUUCCUUAUCACUGAAUUCCACUUCUGUCAAUGAACAAACACUGUGAAGUUUUGUGAAAGUAAAACUACUGAAGCUUGUUCUGAAAUAUGUGCUCAGCUUGUCGUGUCCUCUGCAGCAACAGCACUGUCCUAAAACAGGAAUCAUGAAGCACUUCUGUUUCCCUGUUUAGCAGAAAUCUGAAACCAGAGUAUGACAAUAUGGAUUCAAAUUCAUUGGAAUAACUUCUGUUUUUUUUUUAAAUCUUUGAUUCAUCUGAUUUUGUGGUUUUUUCUUUCUCGGGAAAUGUGACAAGUCUUUUUUUUUUUUUUUUUUUUUUUCGAGAAAAGACGCAAGAAAAGUUAAUGUAAAUUAAAAAAGUUUAAAUAAGUUUCAGCUGAAGGUUUUGCCCGUAAAAAAUUAACACAUAAAUAAUAGUUGAUUGUGUCAUUGUUUUCCUUUACGUUGUGUUUUCUGCCAAAGACAAGUGGUGAUCAUCUAAAGAAUAAGUUAGACAUUUGCUUGACACGUUGUGCUGUGGGCUGAUGCAUCAUGGGUCUGAGCUGUGCCGGUGUUUUGUGUGUCUUCAACGGUAUGCCAAUAAUUUAUCCACAAGUUGCAAUUAUUUGAGCUGAACUUGAUGCUUUGUCAGUUUGUCUUUUACAUCCAGUUUAUUCAAGUCAUGGUCAGUUUGUUUCAGCCUGGAGGCUAAAGGCCGUCAUGGAGGCUGUGAGAGUUUCUGAGCUUGUUUCAACACAGUGUGCCUCACACUGCCUUAAAAACACUUCAGUUUGAGUCCAAUUGAGUCAAUUUACCUGAUACUUUCUUACACAGUGGUACAAUCCUUUAUUUUAACUGGAAUAUUUGUUAAUUACACUAGUUAUAUUUCAAUGGGGACUUUCAAAACACUAAAAUCACAGCAGCGUGGAUUUACAGUAAAAUAACUGGCUGAGUUCAACCUCAGUGGGUGAAGACAAGGACAAAGUUAGCUACUAGCAAAGAGGAAAAUCAGCCUGUUUUUAUGGUAUUAAUGAUUGUUAUACCAUUAAAGUUCAAGAUUUUAUGGCUCACUUUAUGAUAUAAUAAAAGCAAACCAAAACCAAUGUAAUAAUUAAUAUAAAAAAAGUCAAAUUCUUCAAACGCUCACAGUAACGACUGGUGGUUUUUAGCAGCUUAUGACUUUCUGGCUGUUAGUCACUGAAACAGACUUUUGGAGCUAAGGAUGCUAACUUACCUGCGUAUAUAAAUUAUUAAAGAUGGUUCGAAUUUAGCUAACAUGGCCCCCGCAACUUUGGGCGUCUUCAAUUUUGAAAUGUGGCAACAUUUUUCUGGGAUUUCAUUUCCAUAUUCCCAUGAACAUAUGGUUCGUGAUUAAAGAACAUUCAUGUUGUUAGUCUUCAAAAACUACAGUAUCCAUGAAACUUUGACAGCAUGCUGAUGUCUAACAACAUUUGUGACCUCAUGACCUUGUCUGCUAAUCCGUCAUUUGGUCACAUCCCAACACGAAACUUAGUGGGAAACUGAGUGUUAAAACUGAUGUUCAGCAGCAGGUUUCAGCCUAAAAUGUAUUUUUGUGAUCUCACACUGUCUCUGUUUAAUGAUUAAACAUUUGCCUAUAGGACAGAAGCAAAGUUUAAAUCCAGCAUUCCCAGCUAGCAAUGUGAGGUUGUGACUAAUUAUUGGAUUUAAGCAUUUGUUUCACCUCGGGGAAACAUUGCAUAAUUUCGGGAUAACUGCGGACAGUUGUGAGCUCAUUAAAAUACCUUUGAAGAUGCAACCUGAUUAAAGUUUUAACUGUUAAUCCUCUCAGGUUUGUCUAGGGAUCACUUACACUGACUCAUUGAAAGCUGACAAGAUAAUCAUCGAUUUAUCUUUGUUUUGCUCUCCGGUUUAGUCAUAGCAAGUCAUCUAUCUUAGAAUAUGGACAGAAAACACCAACAACGUGUUUAAUCUGUUGAGAAAGACUGUAGAAAACAAAAAAAGUGCUCCACCCACUGAUGUUUUUGCACUUCUGCGUACAACUUCUGAAAACGUCUCUGAUUUGGAGAAAAAGUCUCUGCAUAUGCUUUCUAACCAAGAACCAACAGCUGCUCCCUAUUUUGGGAGUUCAGAAAAUUGAACCAGCCUGGACUCAUCCGUGAUUAAAAGUGAAAGCACUUUAGCGAAGGACAGCAGUAUUUUUCCAAAGGACACAAAUUUGCCAAAGUUGCCGGAUGAGUAGCUCUGUCACAAUUCUGUUACUGACCCGGAUUUCAUAAUUAUUUUGUCACCGUCGUGACACUGCAUUUAUUUAAUUUCACCAUCGUGUCGAGGAACUCGUUGACUCACUAUUCUGUUGCCUUUGCCUUCAUCUCUUAAUCACUGUACUGGAUUUUUAAUUUUUUUUGUGUUCAUUCCUGAAAUAUUUUUGACACACACACACACACACAUUUCAACUGACUGUUUUUGUUCCUUUUGUUGAUUUUUAUGGCUGAGAUUGUUUUUGUUUAUGCUUGUGUACAAGUUGGAGUACCCCCCCCCCCCACCUGCUUUAAAUUGUACUGAGUUUGGGUUCAUUAUGCGUGUGUGAGUGGGUGUGUGUGAGUAUGUGUAUGUGUGAGUACUUGUGAAUCAAGUCUGGUUAUUUUUUUUUUGUACCUCAGAAACACUGUCAAUAAUUGUGGUAAACAACAAUUUUUUUUUUUAUUUGUCAUGAAUUUAAUUUGGGAACAGAGCGAAUGGAGCGAAUGGAGCGAAUGGAGCGACUGGCGUUGGAGGGGAAAACUAAACUGAUUGUCCUUCAUUCUCUCUGGCAUGCUUUAACUUUUAAAAACAACAGAGACACAAGGUGUAAAUACUGUUUUAUAAUUUCUGUCUUAAUGAGUUUUGAAGAUGAAGAAAGUUAUUAAUAAACCUGGGAUAUAUUUCUCUAUG